AUGAACGACGAUGAGCCUUCGCUCAACAUCCCCUCGCUCUUGACAUUAGCGGUGGUAUCAUAUUUCGUCUUCCGAUGGUUCUUUAAUCGUGACGAGGGUUCUAACGGUGGCGGCCGGCCCCGCCGUGUUGACCCAGCCCAAGUCGAGCAAAUAUCCCAAAUGUUCCCUCAACUGAGCACUCGAGAGAUCAUGUGGGACUUGCAGCGCAAUGGUGGGAGUCCCACGGCGACAACAGAACGUAUUUUGAGCGGACAAGGACUGGAAACGCCGCCCCCAUCAUUCCAGCCUCAGACCGCAAUUCCUACGGCGCAAGCCCCGGCCGCUCGCGCUGCGGCCGCUGUCGCAGCAGCAGCCAAGUUUGGUGGACAAGACCUCAUCACUCGGUAUAACCUCGGCGGGAAAGUCACAGAUGAAAGCGCUGAUGACAGCCAAUCUCCUAUCUCUAAAAACGCCUGGUCUCAGAACAAGGAUGAACGGCAGCGUUUGCUCCAGAAGCGUAGGGAUGACAUGAUCCUCGCCGCGCGGAAGAAGAUGAUGGACAAGAAGCAGAGUCCAGCCCAAUAA